UAGCGAAGAAGGCAAAACCCAUACUCGAGUUACUCAGUCCGGUAUAUAUGUGAAGAAGACGACACUAACAAAUCAGUCCUGACACUAUGAACUCCGUUGUAGUUGGCCUUUUCGUGUUUACCCUUGGUUCCCUCGCUGUGAAAAUUCCAGCCGAAGCUGACAAGCGUGAAGGGCCUGCUCGGAACCCAGAAUCGCUUGAGAAGAGAAGCUCGAAACUCUCAAACGCUUUCCAAGAAUCUUCGCUUAUCACCAGAAGAACUUUUGGGAAACACAACUCGGGUCGAUGGCGAAAGAUGAAUUUCUCUCCAGUUUGUUUUGGUGCGAGGAAUCAACAGUUUGGCAGGUUCUUCGCUAACCCUGUCUCUGGUGGAAAGCUCGCUGCAGUAAAAUUGGUUCACUUGUACGGUUACGUGACGUGCGACACACGACGCAAUUCCUACUGGUCCUACUGGGGAUGUCAAGGUGUUUCCUUCUAUUCCGCUGAAAAGAUUAAUGUUGUCAUAACAACCACGACCAAUCAUGUUCUUUUGCCGCCAAGCCAGUUCAUUGUUCACCAAGGUGCUAAGUGGUCCAAAAUUCCCGGAUACACCUCGGUCUCUCCAGAGCUUGUGUUGUCGUUUUUAAACCCUUAUUCGGUCCAGUCAGGCCAAGAACUCCGCCUGUGGUAUGGCGAAGAUUUGAUGAAUGCUUACGAGGGAGACAAUGGGGGAACAGCCUGCGUCGACAUUUACGCUCUCUAUGUCUGAGACAUCCUGGCAUGCGCGUUUUUAGAUCCUGACAGAUUUUGUAACUUCGUUAAGGGUUUUUAUUAUGCUUGCUUUUUACCCGUAAGUUAACUGUAAUCUUAGCUAACAGUUUUCAGGAUUUUUGCUAUGCCUAGUUGGAGCGGAUAGAAAAAAGUCGUAAUUUCACUGGUUUUUGACUUAUUUGUAUCGUGAUCAAGAUGAUGGUUUUCGGAUUUAAGACGCUUAACAAUGUAAUAAUUAAACUCGCUAUGGAUUGUAUGGCAAUUAUCUAGACCAUAAGGGACACAAAAGAUAAGAUUUGUUUUUCAUUUGUACAAGUUCAAAUAAACUGAGGGUAUAAAAGGAAAGA